AUGUCUUCGAAGAGAAAGAAUACACCCACCAAGCUGUCUAAAGAUAGUUUGGUCAACGAGCAACCUUCACUGAGCCUCAGCUCCUCUUUACAGACAGAGGAGGAGGACGCCGACAACGUCGACUGUGACAGCGAUCACACAGACGAGGACAGGGUCGACAGCCGGGGCACUGGAGACAUCGAUGAAGCGUACCUCCAGAGAGAAGCAGACACAGGUACGAACAUUUCUCACGGAGACAAACCAGACUGUCUGGAUCUGGGAGCCGACAGCCUCGUCCAGUCACAGAGUCGACAGGAGUCAGACUCAGAAUCUGAUGCAGGAGAUUUACAGUCUGAUUUGUUUGUGGACACAAACUGCCAGUCCUCUCUGCGGGCGUCGUCGCCAUCGAAACUCUGCUUAUCCUCCUCGCCAUCUAUUUUAGGGACUGUCAUGCAGUACAACUCUCAGAGGCGGUCCAUGGAGUCCGUCCUAAAGAGACUGAAUUCCAAGGUGCCAGACACGUCCGUGGACAUGGCGGGAGACGUAAGCGAAGACUUCAACCACAGCCCCAAGGUGAUGGACACGGUUCAAGCCGUGCUAGCGGGCGAGGCAACUUUAAGUGAAAAGGAACGUCAGAUCAGUGAGAUGAUCAGCCACCUGCAGAAUAUUCGAGAAAACCUCAGCAAGCAGAAAGAUCAG